AUGAUCUUGCUACUCUUGGUUGGGCUUGUUGAGGGCGUGUAAUUUGGUUAUGAAGUGGAGAGAGGAUAAUCAAUAUGCUUCGAAGAUUACUUUUCUCAGGAUGAUGUAUUCGAUUUGAGAGUAAGAGCAAAUUCUUCAAAUUAUUCUGUGAAACUCGAAGAAUCAGAAUAGAAGAAAUACGUUCCAUUAUACGAAAGAAGUGGAGCUUGGGAACACAAUUAUCAACAUUAAUCAAAUCACAAAACCUCUCAUAUGAAGUAUUGCUUUAUAAAUUUGGAAAAUGACGGCAUCCUCUUUAAUAUCACAUACAAGACGGGAUCUGAAUUAGCAGACAUGUAGAAAGUAGCCAAAAUCUCAGAUUUAAAUUAAAUGGGCGGUCACAUGAAGAAAUUGAAUAGUAUGCUUGAUGAUAUCAAAAGAGAGAGAUCAUUCCUCAUAGCAAAAUACGAUUUUCUGUCUAGGAUGCAAGGAUCAAUUUCAAAGAAAUAAAUAGUCUUUGGUCUAAUGUGUUUAGGAAUUUCAUUGAUAAUAACAGCUAUCACUGUGAAUUUGAUAAAAAGAAUCCUAUAACAAAAAAAGUCAUAAUGA